AUUUAGCUUGUCUUCCCAUUACGUCCAAUACGAUCACGGCGUACAUAAUCUUCGGAAUUCAAGAUACAAUGAGUUCCAUAUUCUGCUGCUCCCAGGUUGGGCCUUACAAAUCGCGAUUCUUGAAUCAUGAGUCGAAGUUCCAAGAAUUCGUCCAGUGGGCGGCAUUCCCGGCAGCAAGCUCUGUCGAGGAGCAAAAGGACGUGGUACUCCUCCUGUCUGAGUUGGGUUACCCCUAUGUGGUACAAGUUGUCCGGCAGGUCAACUAUGGCCCAAUUGAAAGCAAACGAUAUUUCGUAGUCACCAAAGGAAAGGAUGGGAAGGAGCCGUUUGUCGAGGUCACCGAGGACCAUCUCAUCCAGGGGAACUAUGAAAAGCUGAAUUCGUGAGUUUUCUUCUAGUAGUUAUCAAGAAUGCAUCUAUUUGGAAAAAAAAGAUGUAUCGGCCGAAGCGCAUAGCUAACGGAGAAGCAGAUUUAAGAAUUAUAGAUGCACCACCCAAACAAGUUCUUCGAGCUGAAUGUCUACCAGAAGGACCCCGUCAACAAACAUCAUUGGCGCGCUAACAUCGCUCGUCCAGCUGGAGAGAUUGACUUGUGAACGCACGGCAAGGAAGAAUGGGUAGAUACGUUCAGAUAA